AUGGGGGGUCUGAGACUCCAGAAAUGUGAGAUAUCAGGCCCUUCCCUCCGAUUGCCCUCUUCAUCAAUUUCGCCCAUAGGGGGGUUCAAAAAGGUCGGGAAAGGUAUUCGAGACUAUGAUGAGAUUGCUCUGAGUCUCAAGCUUGAAUCGUCCUGCUCUGAUACCAUCUUGACGAUGGUGACGGUAGAGGAGGAAAACACGCUGGUGAUAAAGAGCAACGGGAAGAGGAAGACAAAGGAAGGGGAGGAGGAAGGUUGCAAGUAUAUACGGCUAGAGAGGAGGCCGCCGCAGAAGCUUACUAGGAAGUUCCGGCUGCCGGAUAACUGCAACGUGUCGGCGAUCAGCGCAAAGUGCGAGAACGGAGUGCUGACGGUGGUGGUGGAGAAGCUGCCGCCGCUGCCGAAAUCUAAGUCAAUCGAGGUCGCCAUAUCUUGA